AUGGACGUGCACUCGGAGGCGUCGACGAGGCGCGAGGCGCUGACGUUCAGCGCGUUCCUGCGCCAGGACAGCAGCAUCCCGGACAGCAAGAAGUACGACACUAUCAUCCGCGGCAGCUCGCAGGAGCAGAUGAAGCGCCUGACGAUCGGCGUGGAGCUGGCCGCGCAGCCGAGCAUCCUGUUCCUGGACGAGCCCACGAGCGGCCUGGACGCGCACUCGGCCAAGCUCAUCACGGACGGCGUGCGCAAGGUGGCGGACUCGGGCCGCACCAUCGUGUGCACGAUCCACCAGCCCUCGUCGGACGUGUUCUUCCUGUUCGACCACCUGAUCCUGCUCAAGCGCGGCGGCCAGUCGGUGUUCGUGGGCGAGCUGGGCGAGCGGUGCCAGAAGCUGGUCAAGUACCUGGAGGCGGCGCCCGGCGUCAAGCCGUGCCCGCCCAAGCAGAACCCGGCGACGUGGAUGCUGGAGGUGAUCGGCGCCGGCAAGCGCGCGUCCAAGGGCUCGACGCAGAUGUACUUCCUCAUGAAGCGCUUCUUCAACCUGUACUGGCGCACGCCGGCGUUCAACCUCACGCGCUUCGGCAUCGUGUUCGGCGUGGCCAUCAUCUGUGGCCUGUCGUUCCUGAGCGUGGACUACACGGCGUACAGCGGCCUGGUGGGCGGCGUGGGUCUGGUCUUCAUGUCGACGCUGUUCAUGGCCAUGGCCGGCUUCAUGGGCACGCUGCCCGUGUACUCGAUCGACCGCUCGGCUUUCUAUCGGGGGCGCGCUGCGCAGACGUAUAAUUCGCUGUGGUACUUCGUGGCCACGACGGUGGUGGAGAUCCCGUACGUGUUCGGUCAGUCGCUGCUGUUCAUCGUCAUCUUCUACCCGAUGGUGGGCUUCCAGGGCUUCGCGACGGCGGUGCUCUACUGGGUGCACGUGUCGCUCUUCGUGCUGGGCCAAAUGUACUUCGCGCAGCUGCUGAUCCACGCGUUCCCGAGCAUCGAGGUGGCGGCCGUCAUGGGCGCGCUCAUCAACUCGAUCUUCCUGCUGUUCGCGGGCUUCAACCCGCCGGCGGCGUCCAUCCCGGAGGGCUACAAGUGGCUCUACACGAUCGUGCCGCAGCGGUUCUCCAUCUCGAUCCUGUCGGCGCUCGUGUUCUGCGACUGCCCCGAGAGCCCGACGUGGAACGCGUCGCUGGGCCAGUACGAGAACGUGGGCUCGCACCUCGGCUGCCAGCCCGUGUCGGGCCUGCCGGUCACGUACUCGCACAUGACGUACAACUACGACGACCGCUGGGCCAACUUCGGCUACGUGUUCGUGACGAUCAUCAUCUUCCGCCUGCUCUCGAUGCUCUCGCUGCGCUACAUCAACCACACCAAGAGAUAG